AUGACUCAUGAUUUUUGCAAGAAGAAGAAGGAAAGUUCAAAGAUCAUCACCCCAGAACACAAUGUAAAGAUUGUGGGUGCCACUGCAUCUUCUUCAAAUCCCUCUGGGGUUCCCCAUAAAGCUGCAAGUGCUACCCAUGCUCCAACUAGGUCAGCCAAACCACGAAGAAGAAGCCUUCGUAUCAAGCAUGUGGCUCCUAAGAGAGGACCCAGUAAGAAUUUGGGGAUACAAAAUAUUUCUGAUGAUGAGGAUGAUCAAAAUCCCAAUCUUCCAGAAGCUGUGAAUCAAGAAGAUAAUGAGGCUCUUGAGAAACUUGCAAAUGUAGCUACUGCUGCAAAUGUUGCACCAGAUGUUGAACUGACACAUCAAUCCGCUCCCUCUAGUUCUAGUGUCAAGUCUCAUGCUUUGAGUCAAAAGGAGCACGAUGAGAAUGAAACCUCUGCACAUGAAGUUUCUUCCUCUAAGGAGGUUCCUUUUCAGAAAACCCCUACUUUAUCCACCAAAAAGGGUAAGGAAAAGAAGGUGAUUGCAUCUGCUGAUGAAGACUCUGAUGGAGAAUUGCUCAUCAAAAAGGCCCAUGUUCCUGUUAGUGGUGUCAAGAAGAUGGUUGCAGACAUAACGAAGCAGAAGAACGAAGGAUCUGCUGCUAAGACACCAAAGACUUCCAGAAGUUCUCAUAUUCCAAAAUCAGGGAAAGAGACAAAGAAAUACAAGAAGUCAAAACCUUCUACUGGAAAGAAAAGAAGACAUGUGUCUGAUCCGGACUCCGAGGUUGAUGUCGAGCCAGAUGUCCCAGACAUCUCAACCACUGCCAGAAAACGGAUGAAAGGUAAGAAAAUUCCUCAAAAUGUUCCUGAUGCUCCUGUGGACAAUGUGUCCUUUCAUUUUCCAGACUCUGCUCAGAGAUGGAAAUAUGUGGUUCAAAGGAGGCUUGCUAUUGAAAGGGAACUACAUGAAGAUGCCUUGGAACUCCAGGAAAUCAUCGAGGUUAUUUCUGCUGCUGGUUUGAUGAAGACUGUCAAGGAUCUUGGCAGAUGUUUUGACAAGCUUGUUAGGGAGUUCAUUGUGAACAUCCCUACUGAUUGUGAUGAUGAUUUCAGUGCUGAGUACAGGAAGGUGUUUGUGAGGGGGAAGUGCAUCAACUUCUCUCCUGAAGUGAUCAAUGAGUUUUUGGGCAGAAGCCAUGUUGCUGUGGCUCAGGGGGAGCCUGAUUUGAAUAGGGUUGCUACAACCCUUACUGGAAAGUUGGUCAGGAAGUGGCCUAAGAAGGGAUUGCUUCCAUCUGGGAGGCUUACUGCCAAAUAUGCUGUUCUCUACAAGAUUGGUACUGCAAAUUGGAUGGCCACCAAUCACUUGUCUGGUCUGACUCCACCUCUGGCCAGAAUGCUUUAUUUAGUUGGAACUGGGGGUGAGUUUGAUUUUGGAAAGCUGGUUUUUGAGCAGACUCUCAAGCAUGUUGGAUCAUAUGUUGUGAAGUUGCCUAUUCUGUUUCCUUGUCUUCUCACAGAGAUCAUUGCAUAUCAACAACCUACUAUUGUGCGGGCUGAUGAGUCUCAGGGUAAGAAGCCCCUGCCUCUCAACAAGGGAAGUGCCAGUGCCAGUGGCACUAAGACAGUUGGUUCUAGCAAGGAAGACAUCUUGGCUGAGUUGAAGGCUGUCUCCAAGUAUCUUGGUGACACUAUUCAGGCUUGCAAGGUUAGAAAUUUCAAUGUUGAUCAACUCAUCAAGACUAUGUCAGAUGUUGCAACUGCUGCUGCUGAGGAAGAAAGUGAAGAAGAGGAAGCUGAGGUCUGUAUAAUUCUUGAAUAUGGUGCUGAUGACUUCUGUGGAUAG